AUGCUGAUCGCUGCUGAUGGUGGUCAGUCGCUGCAUUGGAGGAGGCGAGGUCGUGGUCAGUCGCUGCUGAUCGCUGCUCUGGAGGAGGCGAGGUGGUGGAGGGAUCUGCGGCUAGUGAAUUGGGAUUGUUUCUUGAGAACAGCAAUUUCGGAUAUUGAGGUGGAAUAUGUGGAAAUCAAAGGCAAGACCAUUCCUUGUGGCUGCUGCAGUAGCACUAAGUCUACAAAUGAGAAUCAUAAGGAGUCUACAAGUGAGAAUCAUAAGUGUGAAGAAAAAGUAGAGGGAGAAUUUUUAAAGGUUCCUGGAUAUGAAAAUGAAGUGGAGUUUGGUGUUUUGACAUCAUUUGCUUACCCUCUGGAAGGAGGUCUUGGAGACAUUGUUGUGGCCACGACUAGAGUUGAAACAAUGCUUGGUGAUACUGCUAUUGCCAUACAUCCUGACGACCAAAGAUACAGCCAUCUUCAUGGGAAAUUUGCCAUACAUCCAUUCAAUGGAAGGAAACUUCCCAUAAUUUGUGAUGCAAUACUUGUUGAUCCGAAAUUUGGGACUGGUGCUGUCAAGAUAACUCCAGCGCAUGAUCCAAAUGAUUUUGAAGUUGGAAAGCGACAUAAUCUUGAUUUUAUCAACAUUUUCACAGAUGAUGGAAGAAUAAAUAGCAAUGGCGGUAUGGUGUUUGCAGGCAUGCCACGUUUCAAAGCCCGCGAGGCAGUGACCGUAGCUUUACAGGAAAAGGGACUCCAUAAAGGUGUUAAAGCACAUGAGAUGCGCCUUGGCAUUUGUUCAAGAACCAAGGAUGUGGUGGAGCCUAUGAUAAAGCCUCAGUGGUAUGUCAACUGCAGUAGUAUGGCUGCAGAAGCUUUCGAUGCUGUCAUGAAUGAUGAAAGUAAGAAAAUUGAGAUCAUUCCAAAACAAUACAUUGCUGAGUGGAAGAGAUGGCUUGAGAACAUUCGUGAUUGGUGUGUCUCAAGGCAGCUUUGGUGGGGCCACCAAAUUCCUGCGUGGUAUGUGACUCUAGAGGAUGAUGAACUGAAGGAACUUGGUGCCUUCAAAGACCAUUGGGUGGUUGCUAGAAAUGAGGAGGCGGCUUUGCUAGAAGCUAGCAAAAUAUUUGAUGGGAAGAAGCUUCGGCUGACUCAGGAUCCUGAUGUUUUGGACACCUGGUUUUCAUCUGGUAUUUUUCCGCUGUCUGUGCUGGGGUGGCCAGAUGAUUCUGAAGAUUUGAAGGCUUUUUAUCCAACUUCAGUACUCGAAACUGGGCACGACAUUCUCUUCUUUUGGGUUGCACGCAUGGUUAUGUUAGGAAUCAAGCUGGGAGGUGUUGUGCCUUUUAGAAAGGUUUAUUUGCACCCCAUGAUUCGUGAUGCACAUGGGCAUAAGAUGUCUAAGUCGUCGGGAAACGUAAUUGAUCCUCUUGAAGUAAUAAGUGGAANAAAAAAAAACAAAAGGCCAAAAAGGGAUCUCAGAUAG